UUAAACAUUUUUAUAGGUUAAAUUUUGAGCAGGUGUGUUCCUUCGUUUCAACUGCAGUCUGCUACAGUGGAUUGGCAGUACUGCCCAAAACGUUAUGUUCUACGUAAACCCUAACGUAUACGCUCAAUUGUGGACGCAGCCACAGUGGUCAAGUAGUAGGCACACGCACACUACUCCCACAUUGGGCAUUAGACCUCUGUUUUACCAUCCAACACUCGUUUAGUCGUAUCUGCUGGUUAAGAAUAGAUCUUUUUUAUCUACUUUUAUCUUAUUUACUUUACAAUAUCAAUCACAAAUAUCCGCAUUAAAAUAUAUAAAUUAAACAAUAUUUUGUUUAUUUUAUUAAUAGAUAUCAACUGUGAAAAUGGAGGAUAUUAUAAAUGAAUGCCUACAGCAAGUUAAGCUCUUGGAAGAGGUCGAAAGAUUAUUAUUUUCUGCUACAAGUACAGUUGAUUUAUCCACUGUAACACGAUGGAACCAUCAAUUUCUUUUAACAUUAAAGACAUUUCGUAAAGUUUUGAGUAAUAAAAAGCUUACCGUUCAAGAACGACAAAGCAUUAUAUGUACAAUCGGAAAAAUAGAAUGUAUGAGAGCAAGACUUGAAAUUAUGACUAGAAGAAAAAGCGGUGCUGGAGUACAAGUAAAUAAACAAAAUACUGUCACUGAUCGCGUGCGUUGGAUUAAUAUGGAUAACGCCUUUGAAAACCGCAUGAGGACUGCUGUUAUAGCAAAUUUGAUAUACAUUGAUAUAAUUAAUUUCCUACGAGACUCUGCAAUAUUAUUUUCACGAAGAAUAAAAAGUAUGAUGCACUCAAAUGAUAAAGCUUUUAAAAUUAACACUGUUUUAUCAUAUACAUUUACAAAAACAUGUGUAGAGAAUAAUGAAUAUGCCGAAGAAAAAGAAGGAGAGUGCGUUGAGACUAAAUAUUUCAACACGAAAAAUCAUGAAAUUUUAUCUACAACAUUGUUAAACAAAUGGUUCAAGUCUAAUGUUAUUGAACCUCUACUCACAGAUAUUGAAGAAUUUCAAGAACGUGAUUCUGGUUGGACUCUACAUUCUAUUGAAAACAUACAGAUAAAUAUAAAUAAAUUUAAUCCAAUGCGUGCCGGUAGCUCUUAUAUACCAUUACCAGCAUUCGUAGAGAAAAGGUAAGCAUGCAUAACUGUUAAAAAUUAUGAUAACAAAUGCUUUAUAUGGGCAAUUUUAUCUGCAUUAUAUCCAGUAAAACAUGGAAAUCAUUCUAAUAGAUUGAAUAGUUAUAUUCAGUAUGAAAACAUUUUAAAUAUGAAAGGUAUUGAGUUGCCAGUAUCAUUGAAAAGUAUCCCAAGAUUUGAAAAGCAAAAUAAUGCAAUAUCAAUAAAUGUGUUUGGUCUAGAUAACAAAGAUAUUACACCUCUCUAUUUAACAUCAUGUAAAAAGAGUAAUCAUAUCAAUCUUCUUUUACUCACAAAUGAUAAUUUAGAUGGUGGUGAUGUUGAUGAAAGUGAUGAGUUUUUAUCUCAAUCACAUUAUGUAUACAUUAAAAGUCUGUCACGUUUAAUCAGUAAUAAUUUGACAAAUAGAAAAAAGAAACUCUAUGUUUGCGAUAGAUGUUUAAAUUUUUUUUAUAAAGAAGAUGACUUAAUAAAGCAUGAAGAGCAUUGCAAAAUAUUAAAUAAAUGUAGAAUUAGACUGCCUAAUGAAGAAAAUAGUUUGAUAAUGUUUAAAAAUCAUCGCUACAAUGAAAAGUUACCUUUCAUAAUCUAUGCAGACUGUGAAUGUUAGUUAAAACCAAUAAGUCAAGAUGAAAAAACAAACACGCAACCAAUACAAAGUCAUGAAAUUUAUAGUAUAGGUUACUAUCUGAAAUGUAGUUACAACGAUUCACUAUCAAAAUAUGCCUUUUAUAGAGGACCUGAAGCGUCAAAAUGGUUUGCUGAACAGUUAAGAAACAUAGAAAAACAAAUAAGUGAUUUAUAUGCGAACCCUUUACCUAUGCCAGUUCUAUCUCAGACUGAAUUAAUAGGUUAUUAAGAUUCAAAAACGUGUCAUAUUUGUAAAAAAUUGUUGAAUGAUGAUGCAAAGGUGCGUGAUCACUGUCAUCUCACUGGAAAAUAUCGAGGACCUGCACAUGCUACCUGCAAUCUAAACUAUCAAGAUUCAAAAAUAGUUCCAGUUGUGUUUCAUAAUUUAAGUGGUUAUGAUGCACACUUUAUUAUUACUGAUGUAUCAAACCAUUUUCCAGGACAGAUUGAUUUACUACUUCUGACAAAAGAAAAAUAUAUUUCAUUUACGAAGCAUAUAGAAAACAGCAAAAUUAAGAUUUUUAGAUUCAUUUAGAUUUGUGCCUACAUCACUUGAAAAAUUAGCAUCAUAUCUUCAAGACUAUUCAAUUGUUAAUAAAGAAUUUAGUGAUCUGAGUAUGACACAAAUAAACUUGCUAACAAGAAAAGGUGUUUUACCCUAUGAGUAUAUAAGCUCAUGGGAAAAACUAGAAGAGUGUAAGUUGCCUGAAAAAGAGGAUUUUUUCAGCAUUCUCAAUGACUCAUCGAUAUCUGAUCGAGAUUAUGAGCAUGCACAAAAUGUAUGGAGUACAUUUAAUAUACAAACACUUGGCGAGUACUCAGAUCUUUAUAUGAAGACUGAUGUUUUGCUGUUAGCAGACGUUUUCGAAAAUUUUCGAGAUCAGAGCAUGAAUGUUUAUAAUCUAGAUCCUGCUCAUUAUUACACUACUCCAGGCUUUUCCUGGGACGCUAUGCUCAAACAUACAGGUGUACAAUUAAAACUUCUAACAGACAUUGACAUGGUACUUUUUAUAGAACGAGGAAUUCGAGGUGGUUUGAGUCAGUGCUCUAAUCGGUAUGCAGCAGCUAAUCAUAAGUACAUGCUUGAAAAGUAUGAUAAAGAUAAAGCAAAUGAAUACUUGAUUUAUUUAGAUGCAAAUAAUUUAUACGGAUUUGGGCUUUCACAGUGUCUUCCGUAUGAUGAAUUUCAGUGGCUUGAAAAUUGUGAAAGUUUUGAAUUGUUUUCCAUCGCAUCAGACGCUUCUCAUGGUUAUAUUUUAGAAGUAGAUUUAGAUUAUCCUCCUGAAAUACACGAUGAUCAUAAUGAUUUACCAUUCUGUCCAGAACAUGCAAAACCUCCGGGAUCUAAGCAGGAAAAACUUUUAGCUACACUUCAACCUAAAAGAAAUUACGUUAUUCAUUAUUGCUCUGCAACAAGCUCUUUCAAACGGUCUUCGACUCGUUAAAAUACAUGAAAUUCUAAAAUUUAAGCAGUCUCCCUGGCUCAAAUCAUACAUAUAUUGAUUUGAACACUAGCAUGAGGGCAGUAGCAAAAAAUGAAUUUGAAAAAAACUUUUUCAAACUAAUGCUGUAUUUGGCAAGACCAUGGAAAAUAUUAGAAAACGAGUUACAGUCAAACUAAUGAGUAAAUACGAUGGAAGAUAUGGUGUCGAAGCUCAAAUUUCGAAGCCAAACUUUCACAGUAGUUCCAUAUUUAAUGAGAAUCUAGUUGCAAUACAGUUAAAUAAGACUGAUAUACUUAUGAAUAAGCCAAUCUAUGUUGGGCUUGUAGUUUUAGAUCUCUCCAAGACACUGAUGUAUGAUUUUCAUUAUAAUUAUAUACGGCAAAUGUACAAAGAUAAUUGUAAAUUAUUAUACACAGAUACUGAUAGUUUUAUAUAUGCUGUUAAAUGUGAUGAUUUUUAUGAAGAUAUGAAGAAGAAUAUUCAUAAAUUCGAUACAUCAGAUUAUCCGACAGACAAUGUAUUUAAUAUGCCAUGUGUUAAUAAAAAGGUCGUGGGACUUAUGAAAGAUGAAUGAGAUGGUCAGAUUCUUACUGAAUUUGUUGGAUUGAGAAGUAAAAUGUACAGUACACGUGUUAAUAAUCAAGAUAGUAUGAAAAAAAUCAAGGGUAUCAAAGCUUCAGUUGUAAAGAAAACCAUUGAAUUUAAUGACUAUUUGGACUGUCUACGAAAUUCACGUAUUCAGAGUCGAGAGCAGUACGCUAUAAGAUCCAAACUUCACAAGGUGGAGACCAUUAGACAGAGGAAGAUUUCUCUCAGUCCUUACGAUGAUAAAAGAUUUCUUCAAGAUAAUACUACUGUUACGCUUGCCUGGGGGCACUAUAAAAUAUUACAAAAUGGAAACGUCUGAUUCCAGCAAAGAGAAGCGUGUACGAUUCAAGGAAGAACCAACCAUACACUUGAUGUAUAAAUGGAAAGGCUAUAGCCGGGUUACUAUGGUGAAAUGGCCCCCUUGG